CUGGCUCAAACACUUGGGCCAGAUUUAGGCCUAUACUAUAAUGGUUGUUGGGCUGCAGAAUAAACACCGAACAUGAAGUAAAGAAAAGUUAUGAUCCGUAUUUAUAACCCGUUCCCCUAAUACAACCGGUCGGGUCAAAUCAAAACUCUUCCUCUUUUACCAAAAACGAAACCGGAAAAACCAAAGCCAGUCAGUGGUUACUGCUAGUGCUAGCCGACGAGCUAAAACUAAACCUAAACCUAGGGUUUAUCUCCUUCUUUGGAACCCAGAUGAUAUUCGAGUAGAGGCGCUUUCUUCUGCAAUUCCUUUCAGUCGCUGAAUAUCACGAUGCCACAAAACGAUACCGUUCGGUUCACUUCAUCUUCCCUCAAAAUUCCACUUCUCCCUCCACCUCAGCAGCAACAGCAAGCUCCUCAAUUAUCAUAUACUAAAAUCUCAUUCACUAAUUUCAUCGACUCACUCAUAACUCGCUCAAAAAUCCAUAUAUCUCGCUCUGUAAAUUCACCUCGGAAACUUACUUUACCUCUUCUAUGUUUCGCUUCACUAUCACUCCCUCAGUCCAAAGACACAGUCAUCUCCGAGUCACAUACGCAGUCGCCGAUCCUCUGCUCCGCUUCAUUGUCGUUGACUCAACCUGGCGAGUCAGAAAACAUAGUGACUCAACAGAAGGGAAGCGGAGGCGGUCUCUCAGGGAGUAGACACGAUGAGGAGAGAGUAUUGAUAAGUGAAGUAUUGGUAAGGAACAAAGACGGCGAAGAGCUCGAGAGGAAGGAUCUGGAAGCAGAGGCCGUAGCUGCACUGAAAGCUUGCCGUGCCAACUCAGCCCUAACUGUUCGCGAGGUUCAAGAAGAUGUGCAUAGGAUAAUUGAUAGUGGAUACUUUUGCUCUUGUACGCCCGUUGCUGUUGACACUCGUGAUGGCAUACGAUUAGUAUUUCAGGUAGAACCAAACCAGGAGUUUCAUGGACUUGUAUGUGAAGGUGCUAGUGUUCUUCCAACAAAGUUUCUACAGGACGCAUUCCGUGAGGGAUAUGGAAAAGUGGUUAAUAUCAGGCAUUUGGAUGAUGUGAUAACUUCCAUUAAUGGCUGGUAUAUGGAGCGUGGUCUUUUUGGUUUGGUUUCAGGGGUUGAGAUCCUAUCUGGGGGUAUUUUAAGGUUGCAAGUUGCAGAAGCUGAAGUGAACAACAUUUCCAUACGUUUCCUCGAUCGAAAAACGGGCGAGCCAACUAAAGGAAAGACCAAACCUGAAACAAUACUUAGACAACUUACAACUAAGAAGGGGCAGGUCUACAGCAUGCUUCAAGGGAAACGAGAUGUAGAUACAGUGUUAACCAUGGGAAUCAUGGAAGAUGUUAGCAUCAUUCCUCAACCUGCUGGAGAUACUGGUAAAGUUGAUUUGGUAAUGAAUGUUGUUGAACGCCCAAGUGGAGGUUUCUCUGCUGGUGGUGGAAUAUCUAGCGGGAUUACAAGUGGCCCCCUGUCAGGACUUAUAGGAAGCUUCACAUAUUCACACAGGAAUGUUUUUGGAAGAAAUCAGAAGCUUAAUAUUUCCUUAGAGAGGGGCCAAAUUGACUCAAUAUUUCGCAUAAACUAUACAGACCCAUGGAUUCAAGGAGACGACAAACGGACAUCUAGAACUAUAAUGGUUCAGAAUUCAAGAACCCCUGGGAAUCUUGUGCACAGUUACCAACCUGGCAAUAGCAGUCUUACCAUUGGCCGUGUAACAGCUGGUGUUGAAUUCAGUCGACCACUUAGGCCAAAGUGGAGUGGAACAGCUGGGCUUAUUUUUCAGCAUGCCGGCGCUCAUGAUGAGAAAGGAAAUCCGAUCAUUAAGGAUCACUAUAGCAGCCCUCUUACUGCAAGUGGCAAGACUCAUGACAACAUGCUUCUUGCUAAAUUUGAAAGUGUCUAUACUGGUUCUGGUGAUCAUGGCUCUUCAAUGUUUGUAUUGAAUGUGGAACAAGGACUUCCUCUUUGGCCUGAGUGGCUCUUUUUCAACAGAGUAAAUGCUCGUGCUAGAAAGGGUGUAGAAAUUGGUCCUGCUCUAUUCCUUCUAAGUUUGUCUGGCGGCCAUGUAGUAGGUAAUUUCUCUCCUCACGAGGCAUUUGCCAUUGGAGGUACAAAUAGUGUGAGGGGAUAUGAAGAAGGUGCUGUGGGCUCUGCUAGAUCUUAUGCUGUUGGCUCUGGUGAAAUUUCUUUCCCUCUGAUGGGGCCAGUGGAAGGAGUUCUCUUUGCUGACUAUGGAACUGACCUGGGAUCUGGACCCACAGUACCUGGUGAUCCUGCUGGGGCGAGGCUGAAGCCUGGAAGUGGAUAUGGAUACGGCUUUGGAAUGCGUGUGGACUCCCCUUUAGGUCCUUUGCGUCUUGAGUAUGCAUUUAAUGACAAGCAUGCAAAGAGGUUUCACUUUGGAGUUGGUCACCGAAAUUAAGGCCUUCAAUCCCAGUAUUUUUAGUUGGGUGUUAAUUUUGUCCUUCAGUGCAAUUAAUGUUUCACGGCCUUGUCAUUUGUGUAGCGUUCUCUGCUUCCAGCUUUUUUUUUUUUAUUUACUAUCAUCUCCAAUAAGCCAACGAUUUUUGGAUUAAUGAACGUUGCCGUAUUUACUUCCCCAGCAGCAGAUACUAAUUAAUGAAACAUUUUAUGAAUCUCCGAUGCAACAAAAUGGAGCAUAUAUUUCUAAAUCCAUCAAGUUCAUCCUGGAUUGGCCAA